AUUUGUGAUUUUUUCAUUCAAGUUGUAGAAAAAAUGAGUUCAGAAACUCCUGAGAUUACUGUGUCUCAAGAUUCAGAUAAUUCUCAGCGUUCCAGUGUUAUCACGGACGCUGAGACAAAUAAUGUUCUUUUGUCCACAAUGCAAGCAUUGCUAAAGGGCAUGACUGAAAUGUCGCAGGCAUUCAAAAAGUCGCAGCAAGACGACGACGACUCGUGGCUUGACGACGAAGUGGAUGAUGGUGGUGAACCACAAGCUAAGAGACCAUGUCUGGAAACCUCGGUUUCGCAAUUACUUUCGUCCGCAGUUACGAACGACGGUCCCUCCACUUCUGCCGAAAGCGGGCAACCUAUGACGGUCGAAAGCGCUCAAGCACAACCGAGCACAUCAUCGAUCCUCGACAACAUUGCACAGGAACUCCAAAUGGAGGAACCAUGUGCUCCACGGGUCCACGAUCAACUCGCGACGAUCGUCAAUAAUUUGGCGCGCGAGAGAUUGCCUGACGAUACAGUUGCAACGAAGUACAAACUGUACGAUCGACCGGAAAAUUGCGGUGCGCUGGUGCCGGUCAAAGUUAACCCCCCUAUAUGGGACAAACUGAAGUCCGAAACCAGGUCUAGUGACUUGAGGUUUCAAAAAAUUCAAACGGCGUUAAACAAAAGUUUAAUUGCCAUGGUUCAGGUUACAGAUUGCCUGACCAACUCACUCGCGGCCUCUGCGGAGAAAACGAAUCUCCCUAAUACAGAAGAUCUGGUCCGAAAAAUGAUGGACGCCGUGGCUUUUGCGACAUACGCCAACCACGAAUUGAACAACAAGCGCCGCGAGUGUAUCAAACCGGAGCUACACCAAGAUUUUCGGCCCCUGUGCUCAACCUCGAAUCCUGUCACUACGUGGCUUUUUGGGGAUGACUUGUCGAAACAAGUCAAAGACAUGACUGAGGUCAACAAAGUUGGUCAGCGCGUGGCCCAAAGUCGGUUUCAAGAGAAAACGUCGACUUUUAGCUACAAGUCAAAGGCUCCAAGAGGGGGUCGUCACGGCCAGAAUAAUUUUUUCGACCGGCGCCGCCACCAUCAGCACAGGAAGAGAGGGAAUUCCAAACCCUUGCUACCACGUCAGUAACCGUGAGUAAUCCUUCAUCAUUACCUUUAUCUCAGGUCUGCGCCGCAAAAAUUGCUGGCAGGCUAAAAUAUUUUUUGCCCGAAUG